AUGUACUCGGGGGAAAAGACUGGUCCGAGGUCAGACCAAGAGCGCCGUAAGCCACAUUUCGUCUUUCUCAAGGCUGGAAUUUCGGCAUUGGUUGAAACUACUGAUAGCCCGCAAAGAAUCACUGGAGGCCUAUCCAAAGUUCCUACAUUCAGCUCAGCGACAGCGGAUCUGGCUGAUAAUAUCAUUGAGAUGGAGAGAAGCUGCAAAUACGCCUCGCUGUCUGAAAUAUGCCUUGAGCACACUGAAGUCACGCUAGCAGUGAUGAAGCUGAUGGGAGUCGAGAAGGGCGAACUGACGACGUCCGCCGGCUUUGUCAUCGAAUUUAAAAACAAGCCCGAGCCAAGUAUUCGUAUCCUCAAUCAUGAUCCUGAUCCGAUCGAUAAGCAUAUUAUCUACAAGGCAAAAUACACUGCUGAUCUGGCGAACAUCUCCAACAAGGACGGCUGGGUUCCAUUUGGAAAAUUCGAGAGCUUGGUAAGGAAGUUUGCAAUCGACAAGUGGCAAACAGCUUGUGGACAGCCGUCCUGCGCAGUGUCUUCGCCUCCUUCAAGUGGAUGA